CUGCUAACUCCGCGAUUUCCAACUAUGCGACAAUGUUCCACUCCGCGCUAUCAGGACCUUAAAACCCUUCAACCGGAUGUAGGUAUCCCAUCAGAGUGCCUGAAUCAAAUUUUGGAGCCAAUGAAGAUGACUUUUGACAAGGGUUCCCUUCAGGAAACAGUACGCUAGCUAGCUAGCUAAGAACCAAGCUGGUGGAUCUGCCUGUGUGCCUCUGUGCCUUGGCUUAUAGCUAGCUGCUCAAUGAGGUACAGGCUGACCUGCGUUCCACGGACCAUUGGCACAUAUGUAAAUCUGCACCAUGGCAGCGGCCGCCUCAGGCAAGAUGUGUUCAUCUGCAGGGCAUACUGUUUGCAUCAGAAGCCACAAAAUGGCCCUUCCAAGAUGGAGUCUGUUCGACAGCACACACUUGCCACCUUGAAGAGCCUGACAGAACUUGGACAUCGAUGGGGCCAAAAUUCAAUGCAAAAAGCUACAGCAACUGUAAACUACUGGUGGGAGAGAUAUGAAGAAUUUGUUGGCCUAAACGAAGUCCGAGAUGCACAGUUAAAGGUUACAGAAGCAGAGCAGUCCUUUAUGGUUGCCAGAGGCAUGGUUCGCGAGGCUCAUAGAAGCUUGGAGGCUCUUCAGGUACGACUGAAAGAGGUCAGAGACCGGCUGGACCGCGUGUCUCGAGAGGAAGUUCACUAUCUGGAACUGGCAACCCUUGAACACAAGCUACUGCAGGAGGAGCGACGAUUACGGACAGCCUAUGAGGGCGCAGAGGGGGCGGAGCGAGAGAGGUUCGCCCUCUUCUCGGCCGGCGUGCGCGCGAGUCACGACAAAGAGCGCACCCGGGCUGAGCGCACCAAGAACUGGUCCAUUAUUGGCUCGAUACUGGGCGCGGUGAUUGGUGUCAUGGGGUCCACCUACAUCAACAGGGUACGCCUGCAGGAGCUGAAGAGCCUCCUGGAAGAGGCUCAAAAGGGUCCAGCCAGCUUGCAGGAAGUCAUCAGGGACCAGGCCAGCCUACACAAGUCCUUAGAGGAGGAGUUGCAGAGCCUUAUUGGCAGUCUCAAAACCAUGCUGACAGACCUGGUUGAGAGGGCCAGAAAACCCCAGCCUUCCCCAGUGCCAGCACCCGCUCUAGCUACACCUCAGCCCCAACCACCUGCUCCUCUCGUGGCCCGUCCAGUUGAACCCAGUGCCUCAGAGGCUGCUCUCAAAGAGGUUCUGCUCUACUCCCAGAACAGCCAGGUCCUGCUGGAGGGUGUCAAAGCUCAGCUGGAGCAACUGGGCCAAAGUGUGGGGAGCGUCUCGGCCGAGCUGCAGGAGGUGCGGAAGGCCAUCGAGACGCUGCCUCCUCCGCCCGUGGUGGAGAGGCCGGUGAUUCAGGCCAAGGAGCACAUGCUGGUCUGCGACACAGAGAGCGUCAUGCAAGGCCUAGACCAGGCCCAGAGGAGACUGGAGAUCCAGAUCAACAGAGCGACCCUGUACAACUCUGUUUUGACAUACACUGCGUUUGCACUAACUGUUCCUGCUCUCUACUUUAUCUUUAGAAGCACUUAAAUGUUAAUUCGUGGGGGCCAAAUAUGUGUAUAUAAUUAAAGACAAAAGGCAAGACAAAAACACUGAACAUUCUGUAUUUAUAAUAAUGUUUAAUGUUGCUUAUGAUCGUCAGGGAAUCAUGCACUGAUAUAUAUUGUAAUUAGAGAUAUUAAAAUAUCAACCUAAUCAA